AUGUCUCCUAAAAUCCAAAUCGACCCAAAUUUACCCGCUGACACAGUAUGGUUCAUAACCGGUUGCUCCUCCGGCAUCGGCAAAGCCCUCGCUCAAGAAAUCUUCACCAAAACAACGCACUUCCUAAUUCCCACAGCACGCAACCCCUCAUCCCUCACCUAUCUCCCCCAGUCCCCACGUAUCCUCCCUCUUUCCCUGGACGUCACAUCCGCGUCCUCCAUCAGAGACGCUCUAAACGCCAGUCUUGCAACUUUCAAACAUAUCGAUAUUCUGGUUAAUAAUGCGGGUUAUGGUAUAUUAGGCGAUACUGAAAAUGUACCUGAGGAAAGCGCUCGUAAGGUUUUUGAGACGAAUUUUUGGGGCGCGGUAAAUUUGUCUAAGGAGGCUGUGAGGAUAUUUAGAGAGGUUAAUGGGGAGAAGGGGGGAUUGGUUGUGCAGAUUAGUACAGUGGGUGGGGUGGUUGCUUUUGGGGGACAGGCGUUUUAUCAUGCCAGGUAUUAUUUUUUUGUUAUUUUAAUUUUCAUCCUAACUCACUCCCUCACUUACUCAGUUAUUCAAAAACCACAAGCAAGAAAGCCCCCUAACAACGCAAACAGUAAAUUCGCCCUCGAAGGCUUCACGGAAUCCCUUUCCCACGAAGUUCCCCCAUCCUGGAAUAUCCGCUUCCUGAUCAUUCAGCCCGGCGGCGUCAGAACAAACUACGGCACAUCAUCACUUGUGAAAAUUCCCGCUCAUCCUGCAUACAGCGAUACUUCAUUCGGGACGCGGAAGCUAGAGGCUUUUUUUGAUAAUCCUGCUUUUGGGGAUUAUAUGGCGGAUGUGAAUGUAGUUGCGGGGAUUAUUGUUGAGGCGGUUAUGGGAGAGAGGAGGGGUGAAGUGGGAUUGAGGGUUCCCGUUGGGCCGGAUAGUUGGAGUUUUAUUAAGGGGAAGUAUGAGGAGGAGUUGGUGGGGUUGGAGGAAGUGAGAGGGUUGAGUUGGAAGACGGGGAAUGAGAAGCUUUUGGAGGUUAUUGGGUUUUUGGAUGAAGAGAAGGGAAUGUGA